CCGGGCGGCCGGCCCGCAGCCCCUCAGUUGCCCAGUGUGGAGUUGCUGUCUCCCUGCCAGCGCCGCCCCGAUGGCCUCCCAAAACCGCGACCCAGCCGCCGCCAGCGUCGCCGCCUCCCGCAAAGGAGCUGAGCCGAGCGGGGGCGCCGCCCGGGGCCCGGUGGGCAAGCGGCUACAGCAGGAGCUGAUGACCCUCAUGAUGUCCGGUGACAAAGGAAUUUCUGCCUUCCCUGAAUCAGACAACCUUUUCAAAUGGGUAGGGACUAUCCACGGAGCAGCUGGCACAGUAUAUGAAGACCUGAGGUAUAAGCUCUCCCUGGAGUUUCCCAGUGGCUACCCUUACAACGCACCCACGGUGAAAUUCCUCACGCCUUGCUACCACCCCAACGUGGACACCCAGGGAAACAUCUGCCUGGACAUCCUCAAAGACAAGUGGUCAGCCCUGUAUGACGUCAGGACUAUCCUGCUGUCCAUCCAGAGCCUGCUAGGAGAGCCCAACAUCGAAAGCCCAUUGAACACACAUGCUGCCGAGCUCUGGAAAAACCCCACAGCUUUUAAGAAGUACCUGCAAGAAACCUACUCAAAACAAGUCUCCAGCCUGGAGCCCUGACCCGAGCUGUCCAGCCCCUCCUGUGCUGUCUGUUCCCUCUUGCCAUUGUCUGUCUGUCCUUUUCCUUCCUUGACUUCUGUACAGGACUGUUAUCUUGAGCUGUGGUAUUGUUUUUGUUAUAUUUCUGUUUUUAAAUUAAGUCUCAAGUCCUUGCAAUGUAUAUGAAAUAAAUAACAUUUUGGUUGUUUUUGUACAA